CUUCUGGUUUCCUUUACGACUCGAGCGACCAAUGCUUUCUUUUGCUUAAUGUUCCCUCUCCUCAGAAAGGCUUGCGAAAAGCUUGCUGCAAUCUAGUCUCGACUCUCAAAACUGGGUUUAGUUCUCAUCACGACAAGAGGUGACCGUCACCAGGCCUUCUUCAACCGUGUUUCGGAUUCAAUAUCAUCAUCUGGGUUUAUCAAGGCACGACGGUCGUAACCGUCCCAUGUUCUCGCUCCCGAGGCCUGACUGGAGUUUCUGACUCGAAUAUCUUCCCGAAGAACAUAAAAGCCCACAAUGAUUGAUUAUGUAUCAUAACCUCUUCGCAUGCCUGCUCUCACCGAAACCAAAUCUUUCAACUCCUCCUUCUCUUUCCCCACAUCUGGCAUCCCCAUCGCUGUGCUGGUUGGUGGUUCAGGAGGAAUUGGCGCCGCUAUCGCUGAACGUCUGUCGUACUACGCAAAGGGCAACAUCCACAUCGUUAUCCUCGCGCGUAACAAAGAAGAAUCUUUCAAAGUCCUCGAACGUUGCAUCCCCCCUCCGUCUGGCAGUGGUGACGUCCUCCGGGAAUUUGUUCUAUGCGACUACUCCCUCGUCUCCUCUACGGACUCGGCCAUCAAAUCCGUCUCUGACCUCCUCACCGCCAACGACCACAAGAUCGACUACCUCGUGUUCUCAUCCAACUACGUUAGUCUAGAGAACAAACGGAACGACACGGAGGAAGGCCACGAUUAUCAGUUGCGCAUUCGGUAUUAUCAUCGCUUCCAGAUGACCUAUGCGUUACUGUCCAAGGGUUUGUUAGGACCGGAUUCGAGGGUUUUGACGAUUUUGGGUGCUCAAAAGAAGGGUAUAAAGGUUGAUGUACCGGGAACGGAUAGGGAUGAUUUUGAGUUUAGGAGCAGUGAAGUGGGAAGUUUUGGGAAAUUGGGUCCGGUGGUCGCUUCGGCUUAUACUGAUGUUGGGUUCAAGCAACUUUCUGCUCAUUUCCCCAAAGUUGGAAUUACCCAUAUCAAUCCUGGGUUCGUUUAUACCGGGAUGAUCAAGGGCAUUCUCGAUGACCUCCGAAAGAAGCCUUUUAUUGGGCCGUUGAUUUACCUCCUCGCCAAGGGCGUUGUUUCUCUGGUCACUAUUCAACCAGAGGAGUCGGCAGAAUACAUGAUCUACGCGUUAUUCAACGGGAAAGCGGGGUUCUACCGUCGUGAUAAGACUGGGGGUGAACUUUCAACAGUUGAGAAUGAAGGUCUGGAUUCGGAGAAGUUUUAUCAGCACUCCAUGAAAGUCACAAAGGUUGACGGUUAAAAGGAUAAUGGGUAGCAGCGGCAUGGCCCCUUUUAUAUAGAAAUAUUGUCUCUCAAAGCUAUUGCAUCGUAUAUUUAACGCGAAUUCCUGCUCUCUUUCAGUCUGGAUACCCUCUUCGAAACUCUCGUUGAUCGAAGACUUGGGGAAAAAGCAUUGAUACCCUUAGAAGAAUUAUACCCCAGAAGAAAAAAUCAUCUACGAUUCUAUCUGUCCCUCGA